AAUAGUUAAUAGUCAUGUUAAUUGCAUCCAACAGCUGCUUCACUGUCCAAACAAUAACACUUGAGGCUGUUAUUGCCUGGACUCCCAGGGGUGGGGAAAAUUAUUCCACAACAGAAUCAACGUGCCCCACUGAAUUCCCAAUUCAUUACGCAACUCCAGUAUAAAACUCCGGAACGCCACAGUCACGUUCAGAGAGGAGAGAGCACAAGCUGUUCAACAGGGGCUGUACUUCUUUAUGGUCAAAUUUGUGAGGUAAGAGCUACUACAUCUGAAAUGGACUUCAUUCUGCCACAUACUCUUCCAGCCAGUGGCAUUGAGUGGGAGAAGGUUUUGCCACCUCUUAUUCCUCAGCUGAACAGAACUUACGGACACGAUGACUGGUCACCAAAAUUACUUGGUUCAGAGACGGAUCACACCAGCUCUGCAGAGGUGAACAGUGACGACGGCAGAUUUACAGUCCAAGUUGACGUUAAACUCUUCAAUCCAGAUGAGCUGUUGGUGAAAGUGAAGGGAGAAUUUGUGGAAGUGCAAGGAAAGCACGAAGAGAAAAAGAAGGAUGGUUCUGGGUUGACAACACGGCAAUUCAACCGCCGCUACAGAAUCCCAAAGGGAGUGGACACUCAUGCUUUGGAGUCAGCUGUCUCUCCAGAUGGCGUCCUUAUUAUAUCGGCACCUAUGCAACAGAGCAUCAGCAGAUCCCUGACCUAACGUUACCACACAAACACACACACCCCAAACAGAAAGUU